AUGCAAAACUACUAUCUUCUCCGUGUUGAUGACCAGUCCGAAGUUCUCGCAAGCGGCAGCGAAGAGACCCAUGCUCCUUUGCGUGUCCCCUUCCGAGGUGGUGUUGAGGGCGCAGUCGUCCACGAAGAGGCGUUCAUGGACGGCUGUUAUAGAUACACGCGACUGAAAGGGCAUCCUCCGCUGCUUGAGGAGGUGGCCGUCCCUCCUGUAGACGAUGCGGAUCCCGAAGGUUCGUCACGGUUGGCGUGCAUCCGCAUGGCAGAGAACAUAAGACUUAAGAGGGUUUGUUCGAGGGGCGCAGCUCUGCUUUACCCCGCUGGUCACUGCAAAUGCCUCUGAUACAGCUCCAUUGUCCAUGACGCGCCAGCAUGCCAUCGUGGAGCCGACGCACCAUCUGAGUGAAUCGUUUGGGACAGUCAACCUUCUGCAUGAUUUUCCAAGGUCUGUCACGAUUUACCGUGUCGAAGGCUUUCGUCAGAUUCACGAAGGUAGAGUACAGGUGGGUCCGCAUCACCUGGCACUUCUCCGGCAGUUGUCGGGCGGCGAAGGUCAUGUUCGUGGCUCUACAGUGACGACGGAAGCCGCGCUGACUUUCCGGCUGGGACCUUGUUCCAGAUGUUUGUUCAAGCGGUUGAGGGGGUUGCGAACGAAGAACUUCCCGACGAUGUUCAGCAAGGAGAUAUCUCGGUAGUUGAUUCAGAGUUGGUGGUUACCUUUCCGUUUACAGAGAUGUACGACUGUGACGUCCUUGAAAUUUUGCGGGACGCUUCCUUGACGCCACAUCUCCUGGAAGAACGCCGUCAGAUAGUCCAUGAGUUGGGGGGCCACCACGCUUGUAGACCUCAGCAGGAAUCGAGUCCGAUCCAGGUGCUUUCCCGCUGGAGAGCUGCUGCACGGGCCUGAUUGUUUCAUGGAGAGAGGCGAGAGGUCGAGGUCGGCAUCGGUCUCCACUUGCAGCAGACGAGCGAUUGCGGCGUCAGAGAUGGUGGAGGGACGGUUGAGGACGCCUCGGAAGUGCUCGACCCAUCGUUGUAGAAUUUGUCUCCUCUCAGUGAGCAGGGCACUGCCGUCGGCGCUGAGAAGAGGGACAGUAUCUUUGGUUGCGGACCGCAGACAGCUUGGACCGCGGGAAAGAAGUUCUUCCAUUCGUUGCGGUCCGCGUACCCUUGGAUCUCCUUGGCCUUGCGAGCCGUCUAGGUAUUCUUCAUCUCGCGGAACCGCUGUUGCACAAGGUGGCGACUACAGUAGAAAGCAGCUUUGUUGUCUUCGGUGGGGCAGGCGACGUAGGCUUUGUGCAUGCGGCUCUUCUCAGUGAGCAGGUUGCUGGUGACGGCGUCGCUGUCGUCGAACCAACCCUGGUGUUGGCGACGUGCGCGACCGAGGACGGUCAGGACCGUCGCCUGGACCGCGUCCCGCAGUUAACACCAUCGGUUCUCCACGGAGGCGUUCUCGUCAGCGGCGGCGGCGACUGGAGCGUUGGCUAG